CUCUUUCUUCCUCUCAUCGGUUGGUUGUCUGCCGGUGUCCCGUGUCGUGCCCCGUCUUUAAUGUCAGGAAGCUAGCGGCGACAGCCAGAGAAAAACAACAAAUUAUGCCUGAUCUAGAGUGACGCGCGCGGACGUGGGGCGAGGAAACAGCUGACAUCCGCUCGCUGGUGAGCACAAGUGGCAGCGGGGGCCGCCGUGUGUCACUAGUGGAGCGGAGCAGGCGGCGGCAGCAGCGGCAGCAUGAGCAGCACCCCGAGGCUGUGGGAACAGCUGCAGGCGGGCAGUUCCGAAGUGGACUGGUGCGAGGGAAACUACCUCAUCUACCCUAGCAUCGCUGAGUUUUACAACACGAUCAGCAACAUAUUAUUUUUUAUUUUGCCACCUCUGCUAAUAUGCUUAUUUCGUCAAUAUGCAAUACAUUUCAACAGUGGGAUUUAUCUCAUUUGGACCCUGCUGGUUGUGGUGGGUAUUGGUUCUGUUUACUUCCAUGCGACACUUAGCUUUUUGGGACAAAUGCUAGAUGAGCUGGCUAUUCUUUGGGUCUUGAUGUGUGCCAUUGGCAUGUGGUUCCCGAAGAGAUACUUGCCAAAGAUUUUCAGAAAAGACAGGAGCAGAUUUAAAGCGGCAAUCGCCAUUCUUUCAGGAAUAACAACCUGUCUUGCAUUUGUGAAACCAGUCAUCAACUCUGUGUCCUUGAUGACCCUGGGCAUUCCUUGUACGGUGUUGCUGAUUACAGAAUUGAAAAGGUGCGAAAACCUGCGUGUUUUCAAAUUGGGCCUAUUUUCUGGCUUGUGGUGGAUGUUGGCGCUCCUUUGCUGGGUCAGUGACAGGAUUUUCUGUGAGAUGUGGUCUUCUGUGAACUUCCCGUACUUACAUUGUGCAUGGCAUAUCCUCAUCUGCUUGGCUUCCUACCUGGGUUGUGUCUGCUUCGCCUACUUUGAUGUCGUCACCGAAGCCCCCGAGCAGGGUCCUGUCAUUAAGUUUUGGCCAAGUGAGAAAUGGGCCUUCAUUGGAGUUCCAUACGUUACUUUACUCUGUGCAAACAGGAAGUCUUCAGUUAAAGUGACAUAAAUACAGUCACGUGAUUAACUGGGGGUCCAGCUGAGGAAGAGACGUUUGCUUGUUUUUCUUUCUCAUUUGUACCUUUUUGAGAACCGUAAACUGAACUGUAUGUUGUAUAAUAUGUAUUGAUAUAUUUUUGCAGGUUAUCUUUCGUAAAAACAGUACUUUAUCUUCAAGGAAAUUAUUAAAUUAUAUAUUCAUGUAUAUUUUUAUACAGAUUGUUUAAUAUUCUAAGUCUCUAAACUCUUUGAAGAAUAGUCUUCUGUACAGGGGGCUGAGCACAUUUCUUUUGUAAUGCAGUUAGUUUGUCAUUCAUCUUUGUAACAAAUUGAAUGCCAGCAGAUAUUUGCAUUUUUACUCCACAAGAAUACUGCUACAGUAUAUUAUUGAAUAUACUAUAUGGUGCAUUGUUUUAUAUCUUUAAAAAUAAGUUAUUUAUAAAGGUAUAUUUUUACCAUAAAAUGUUAACAUUAUAUUGUCAGGAUAAAUGUUUACAAUUCUCCUCUUGUUAAAGGAAUGCUUCACCCAAAAAUUAUGUUUUAUUUUUCUCUGUUACCCUGGGUUGUUUGUAGAAAUGUUUAAGAAAAACAUUUAAUCUCAUGCUUUCAUCAAGAAUGGACAGAACACAUUUCCUAUACAAUGGGGGCCCAUGUUAAACUACUGUAAACAAAAUGAAAAAUAUCAAAUUAGGCCGAUGUCACAUUACACGAUUUCAAGUCAUGGGGUAAGUCAAACCUUUCCGACUUCAGUUGCUGAUCUCGUCGCCAGACUGUUUCUAGUUACACAGCUGAAAAUUGCUGGGCAUGUCAAAUUACAUGACUGGAUUCCAAAUUUCCAGCACAGUCUUGCUUGCCCUUUUUGUGAUUGCCAAUGAUAAUAAUAAUAAUAAUUCAUUACAUUUAUAUAGCGCUUUUCUCAGUACUCAAAGCGCUAUCCACAGGGAGGAACCGGGAAGCGAACACACAUAAUAAUGUGCUUGUCUGACAGAGCCGGUACUGUAUGACGGGUUAACAGGUAUGGGGAGUUCAGCCACAAUCUCUGCCCUCUUCUUCUGUUUUCCAUUGUGUUGUGGUACUUAAAACACAAGACAUCAGACAGACUGGCUUCUUUUCUGUUUUGUAUGGUCCAAAACACCUAAUCGUUGCAUUAUGUGCGUUGUACUUCCAGAUGAACAUUGAUUGGUUGUCCACUUUGAUGCACAUCGAGCCCACCCCAAAGACUAAAGACAAGAUCAAACUUUAGAACCUCAGAAAAAUUUAGACGAGAACAGGCCAUUCAGUCCAACAAAGCUUGCCAGUCCUGUCCACUUAAUUCUUCCAAAAUAAAAGUAGAGUUUUGAGGGUCUCUAAAGUUCUACUGUCUACCACACUACUUGGUCACUUAUUUCAUGAGUCUGUCUAAUGCUUCUCUUUGUGGGGGAAAAAAAAAAACUUCCUGAUAUUUGUACGGAGUUUACUCUUUAAAAGUAUUUUUCUUAAUGUCCUUCUGUGUUUUUACAACAUUAGAACAAUCUAGAUGAAAACAGGCCAUUCACCCCAACAAAACUCAUCUAAACGAAAACAGGCUACUCAUCCCAACUAAACUCAUCAGUCCUAUCCACUUAAUUUUUCCCUAAAUAAAAUCAAGUCUAGUUACUUAUUAAUUCUAAACCUGGGUGAGCUACAGUCUAGUCGGAGAUUGCGAGACUGGCCUUCAUAGAAGUACGUUUCAGACUUAUGACAUUAAGUAAAUGGAAGCUAUGACUGAAAGAGAGAACUCGUCUAACGUGACAUUACCUCCACUCAACUCAAUCAUCCACAUUUCAGGUACCCGAUCAUGUGCUCACGAUGUCCCAAACAUGUAAUUUGGCUAAAAUAUUGUUAAAUAUACAACACAGGAGGAAUACCUAAUAAUAUAUGUGAUUUUUGGUUGAUGUAUUCCUUUUAACUCCGGGGUUUCUCUGACUUUUAUUUCAGAGGUUCAGGCACUAAAUAGCACUUCAGAUAUUAAGUAUGGUAUCUCUUUAUCUUUCUCUCUUGUUAACAGACUGAUUUUUUUGACUGAUUUUUUGAGAAUGUUUUAGUAUGCAGUUACACUUACUGUAUGUGGCUAGUAGACAAAUGUAUUUUUCUUUUUAUUGACCCUAAGUUGAGCUCUUACAUUUUUAGUAAGCAGUUGUUACCAAACAGUAAAGUUUUUUUUUGUUUGUUUGUUAAAAAUGAAUACUAUCAAAUGUAUGAAACACUCCUUAUAUUUCUCCUUGUCCAAAUUCAUUAGCUCGAGAUUCUUCUUAAAAUUCUGAAUACGAUGAUCAUAUAUGUCAGAAGUAAACAUUCUGGGUCCCCAGUGAGUACAGACGUCA